AUGGGAAUAUCAUUGGUCCGCAUCGACUACGCACCGUAUGGCCAACCCCGCCUCACACGAAUUCUCGUGGCUGAGAGAUCCUUGUCCUUAUCGAAGGAACAUUAUAUAUACGUCAGGGCCAUAGGAAUGAUCCAUUUUCAAGUAAAUAUUGGGAAAAUCCCUGCCAUUGCGUUUGCAGGAUUGAGUAGUCAGAACGCUGUUGUGAUCACAAUCACACACGCUGCGUUUGGGUCAAACUCUCUGAUUGAUCCACGGGCUCUAGGCUUAGCCAAGGCGUUUCAGUUGGAUGCAAUUAUUGUCAAAGAACUUCAGGCCAAGUUUGGUGCAUGA